CACGUUAUUAUGUCAUUGUCAGACUGAAGGAUGUUUUUCAUAGAGCCCAUAAAAUAACGUUUGAGUUGUUCCUCGGUUAUGUUUGUAUUAGCAUCUGUAUAGGCUUCUUGCCUGUCUUACUGUCUAUGGUAAUAGAUUGUCGCGCUGAGAUGACGUAAUUGCCUUUCGACGGAACACUCAUGAGUAGCAAAAAGGUUGGUUAUAAAGUUGCAUUUGGUAGAACCAGAGAAGACUUUGGCAAAAACCUAUUCACUGAGUUAGUCUUUUCCUGUAUGAUUAACCAGUUAUUGAAAAAUGAAAAUGGAAACAUUGUCGACAGAUUGAGCUAUUACAAAGCUAGUUUUGAAAGUGCAUGGUCGAAACUAUAUACCAUACUUGAGUUGCAGUACCCUCCUUAAGCGCCGUUCUCUUUUCGCAAAUAAAAUGUUUAAGAAACCAUGUGUAAACAUAUUUCGUGUUGUGCAAUAACUGUGGCCGCCAAUUCGAAGCAUUUGACAUAUUUCUGUAGAAAUGUUUUUGUCUUAAACUCAUCAAGACCAGCAUAUGGCUACACCAUAGGGUAGAUGCGCGAAAACUUCAAGAAUACACCUGAACGUUGCAUGAACUUUUCGGGGAAGUGCAUUAUUUUAAGCAGCUGUGUACUUCGUACAGCGAGUGAUUUAGCACUCUACAUAGGCUAUUCGGCAGCAGGUUUUAAAUCUCUUGAAUGAGCUUAAACGUCGCUCACCUGCUUGUGUGGGUUAUGUAACGACUGCAAAGAACACCUGCCCUUUCACUGGGAGUCCUGCCUGCUCAGUUCUCGUCCAGAGGGAAAUCAUUUUCCAAGCUUUUCACCAACCAGUUAACCAUAUUUAAGUAUGCACUGCUAUUUGUAAGACGUCUGCAUUUGACGCUUUCUGUCAUACCAGUUGACAAGUAGUAUGUCCAGCGAAAGAACACUACUGUAGACAAGCAAACAGCAUAUUAACUCGUCCUCGUCACGACUAUUGAUUUGUGUUUUUAGGCUGCUCUGGUUUUAUUUAUAGUCACCUUUUUUGUAGGUAAAUAAUUGCAUCGCAUAACUUCUGUGGAACACGCAUACAGGCUACACAAGUCAGGUUACACUCCUUACAAUAAACAUAAAAAGACGUAAUAAACUAUGGCAGAGAUGCAGUCUGUUGAAGAACCUGACCUGGAUCCCAACAAAGAUGACCUGCCCCUGCGAGCGAACACUAACCACAUGCUGGUAAGACACUACGUGCUUGACCUGGCUGUUCACUUUGAACGGAAGAUCGUUGGUGGCAGCAUUGUUCUCUUCCUUGAGCCUGGCAAAGCGCAUGCAGAGGCCCCUGACUGUGACCCCACUGCAUCUCUUUCCCCACCUCCAAAGCAACCAAAACAGGAACCUCAACAUCAGUUCUGCCCAAAUGAACCUGAUGUAAGUCAAACAGAAGUCACAGUGGAGAACUGUGAUGAAAAACAGGUUGGGGGAAAUACGACAUAUUUAUGGGAGGAAGGUAUGUGUAAUGACUUCACCUUAGUGUUCGACUGCUGCAACUUGUCAGUAUCAAAGGUAGAGGAAGUUGACGUGGCUUCUGUGGCAGGCAUGAGAGCACUCUUGGUUGACUGUGAGCAGCCUCCUCAAGCAGGACGUCUCUCAUUCACGCUGGUAGAGAGACUGCUGGCCCUGUCCUCCGCUCGCUGGCAAGAGCAGCACAACUUGUACCUUCAGUGCAGUACUGCCCCCUGCCCAAGGGGGGCACUGCCCAUCAGCUUCCACACCGACAACUGGAGCUUACAGCUCAGGAAGAGAGGAGUCUGCUGGCCUAGUGACUUCCCCCGCGUUAUCCGGAUCUGGUAUGAAACCCAACCCGAGGGGGCCUCAGUGAGGUGGACCAAGACCCAGGAUGGCAGGUGCUGUGUGUACACCAUGGGCUCUCCCAUCAACAACCGGGCCCUCUUCCCAUGCCAGGAACCACCUGUUGCCAUGUCAACAUGGCAAGCCACUGUUAUGGCCCCCAGUGAGUUCACGGUUCUGCUGAGUGGGGAGAACCACGCAACACCUGUCCAAGAGGAGUCCGGAUUGUCACGUUGGACCUAUUAUGUUACCAUGCCUAUGCCUGCCUCCACUUUUACCUUGGCAGUGGGACAGUGGCACGAAGCCAAAGUAAAACCCAGCACUGGUGUGCAGGUCUUCACUGACUCAAACAACAGUUGUCCAGAGUCAGGCUGUAGUAGCGUGGAGAAGCCGUGUCAUGGUUCCGACCAGAAGUCUCAGGACCCUCCUGAAGGCCCAGAUCAGGGCAUGUGCUUGCAUGUGGAUUACCCGUGUCGCUUCGCCGUGUCGCCAGCCCGGCGCGAGGCCAUAGUUCCCCACCGGGUCUUCUCUCCUGCCUGCCUCCUGCAGCAGGUGGAGGCCAUGGUGCUGCCUCUUCUGCCUGCCUGUCUGGCUGCCGCCCAUGCGGUGCUGGGUGUCCACCCGUUCUCACACCUCGACGUCUUAAUCGUUCCCUCAGGAUUCUCCAGUCUGGGAAUGGCAAGCCCACACAUAGCGUUCCUGUCCCAGAGUGUGCUUGCGGGCCCGAGGCACCUGUGCGGGGCUCGCCUGUGCCACGAGAUCGCCCACUCCUGGUUCGGCCUGGUCAUCGGGGCGCGGGACUGGACCGAGGAGUGGAUCAGCGAGGGCUUCGCCACCUUCCUGGAGGAUGUGCUGUGGGCUAAAGUGCAACAGCUAAGCCGGAGCGAGGAGGAGGACCAGCUGCAUCUGAGGGCUUUGUUGAGGUGGAGGCGUCUCCAUGACGAGCUGCAGAACUCCGAGCAGGAACUACAGAUCCUCAGGCCCCACAAGGAGAGCACUGGAGUAGUGUCUGAGUCUGGAGCUUCUACUGUGAAGCAUGGCCUAAACCCAGAGAAGCCCUUCAUGCAAGUCCACUACCUCAAGGGCUAUUUCCUGUUGAAGUUUCUAGCCAGCUUUACCGGGCACGAGCAGUUCCUUGCCUUCCUUUGCCUGUUUGUGAGAACAUACCAUGGACAGCUUGUUCUUUCUCAGGAUUUCUUGCAGAUGCUCCUAGAUCACUUUCCAGACUUGAAGAGACACGGCCUAACCCUUGAGGGUAUAUAUGCAGACUGGCUCGAUGCACCCGGAACACCAAAGUGGCUGUCGGAGAAAAGUGCCGCCUGGCUUCAGACGCCGCUGGUCGCAGAGGUCCAACAGGAGGUCACAAAAUGGAUUCACUUCACUCUCGGCCAUCGAAAGGGCACCAAGCGGAAGAGAGGGGAACCCUGUCUGAAGGUGAACUUCAAAGAGAUGGGUCCAGAACAGAUAGUGUUGCUUCUGGAGCUGCUGCUGGAGGAGGAGAAGAUGAGUGCAGGUGUGCUGCAGACCCUGGAGAGAACCUACAGCCUGAGGAUGCAGGACGCUGAGGUGAAGCAUCGCUGGUGUGAGCUGGUGGUCAAGCACAAGCACAGCGCAGCCUACAAGGAUGUGGAGGACUUCCUGAUUGACAACCAGGCCAUGGGUGUAUACCUGUACGGGGAGCUGAUGGUGCACGAGGACAGCCGUCAGCAGGCUCUAGCCCGGCGCUGCUUCUCUCUGACCCAGGAGCAUAUGGACCCAGCCGCCCUCUCGGUGGUAUCAGAGAUGAUCCUGUGACCUUCGACCUCAGACAGGGCCCCCUCGCCCCUCACACUCCACCACAGAUGGGCCUCCAGAGAUCCUCGCGGGGCAGGACCACGGAGAUGAAGCAACUUCUGUUGAACAACGGAGCUUCAUCCGACACACAGAGUCGCAUUUGUU